ACACUAAAGUAACCUCAAAAUCAAUUUACUGCUGUCAUUUCGAUCGGCGUCUUACUGCUGUUUCAGCCAAAAUAAAUAAAUUAGACAGAAAGUUAUCUCAAUUUACUUGUUCUGUGAGCUAAUUAAUAAAUAGUGUUCAUUAGAUUUCUACCCUGUUUGAACUGCUGCACUGUAAUAAUCGAGAUUAAGUUUUUAACCAAACAUUCGUGUGUAAAUUUGUCAAAGUGUAUAAUAACAUGGUACGAGGGGUCGGUCGCGGUGGGCGGGGAAUGCCAGGUCGGGGUGGAAUGGGGCGCCCGCCCUUCAACAGACCCCGGGUGAUGAUGCUACGGCCACCGUUCGACCUUAUUUUGGCCGAACCAGCAUUUCCAAGAUGCAAACCUGCCCCUGAUGAUUCAGCCCUAACACAGGCCCUCCUUAAACGUCACACGGAGCUAUGCCCGUCUCCAGCGGAGCAGUCAGCUGUGCUCAGCCUCGUCACAAAGCUGCAGACAGUCCUGGACAAUCUGGUGGUGGCGCCGGGGGAUUUCGCCGCUUGUCAACUAGAGGAGGUGAGGCAAGUGGGCUCCUACAAGAAGGGCACCAUGAUGGCCGGCAAGAACGUGGCUGACAUCGUAGUGAUAAUGAAGACUCUACCUACUAAGGAGGCUGUGGAAGGGUUGUCCAAUAAGGUGAACGAGGAGUUGAACAAGCUGAUCCGAGCUGAAGGCACGGGCUCCGUGGUGUGCGCCUGCAACGAGCGAGGGUUCACUGUCACCGCGGCGACGGCCAGCGUCCGCGUGCUGAUCACCACUCUGCACCAGAACCUGAGGAAGCUGGAGCCGGAGGUGCACCUGGAGUACAAGGUGAUCAACAGCCACCUGGCCGCGAUACGCCACAGCCGCUGGUUCGAGGAGAACGCUCACCAUUCCACCAUCAAGGUACUGAUCCGCCUUCUGCGCGACAUGUGCGCCCGCCACACGGGACUCGAACCCCUGACCCCGUGGAUGAUCGACCUGCUCGCCCACCACUGCAUCAUGAACAACCCGGCGCGACAGGCUCUGCCUAUCAACGUCGCUUUUAGACGCGCGCUGUCGCUGAUGGCGGGCGGGCUGUCGCCACAAGUCACAAGAAUAAAAAGUAAAAUUACGCGACGCUAUCAAUCGAAAACAGCGAAAAACCUAAAUCGCGCAAGCAUAGAUUUCACGGAUUGGAGCUAUAACAGCCUCCGACACAACAUAGUUUGGUGGCGGUCGAGCCGAAUCGUCGCUAACAUUGGUAUAGAUGUAGUGAUGUGCCGCAGACGCGCGCUGUCGCUGAUGGCGGGCGGGCUGUCGCCACGAGUCACAAGAAUAAAAAAUAAAAUUACGCGACGCUAUCAAUCAAAAACAGCGAAAAACCUAAAUCGCUCAAGCAAAGAUUUCACGGAUUGGAGCUAUAACAGCCUCCGACACAACAUAGUUUGGUGGCGGUCGAGCCGAAUCGUCGCUAACAUUAGUAUAGAUACAGUGGUGUGCCGCAGACGCGCGCUGUCGCUGAUGGCGGGCGGGCUGUCGCCACGAGUCACAAGAAUAAAAAAUAAAAUUACGCGACGCUAUCAAUCGAAAACAGCGAAAAACCUAAAUCGCUAAAGAUUUCACGGAUUG